ACGCGACAAGGAACGGAAAGUAUUUUAAAUCCAUAUCCCGCAACUAACAGGGUCCCCUUAGUUCAUAGGGUGAGAAGAACUGUUAGUCGACCUGAGGACUUUCCUCCCGUUCUGCUCCUUGUGAACCCAAAGAGGGCUACUUUCUCUUUAAAUGCAAAUCACCUCCAGCCAGCUUAGCUCCCACGAGCUCCGGCUCCACCAAGGAGAGAGAAAGCAAGGUAGAGAGAGAUUACAAAGAAGCACCAUCCCUCAUUCCAGACCCCAGACCUCAGGCUUAAGGUCCAACAAGCGCACCAUGGAUGACAAAAAGAAGAAACGGAGUCCUAAGCCGUGCCUGGCCCAGCCAGCACAGGCCCCAGGCACGCUACGGAGAGUCCCUGUGCCCACCAGCCACAGUGGUUCCUUAGCCCUGGGACUCCCUCAUCUGCCAUCACCCAAGCAGCGAACCAAGUUCAAGAGAGUAGGCAAGGAGAAAUGCCGACCGGUGCUGGCCGGAGGUGGGAGCGGCCCUGCAGGCACACCCCUGCAGCACUCCUUCCUGACCGAGGUGACAGACGCCUAUGAGAUGGAGGGGGGGCUGCUGAACCUGCUCAAUGACUUUCAUUCAGGCCGCCUGCAGGCCUUUGGGAAGGAAUGCUCCUUCGAGCAGUUGGAGCAUGUGCGGGAGAUGCAGGAGAAGUUGGCCAGACUGCACUUCAGCCUGGAUGUGUGUGGGGAGGAGGAGGACGAGGAAGAAGAAGACGAUGGGGUCACGGAGGGCUUGCCUGAGGAGCAGAAGAAGACAAUGGCUGACCGCAACCUGGACCAGCUGCUUAGCAAUCUAGAAGAUCUUAGCAAUUCCAUUCAGAAGCUGCACUUGGCAGAGAAUGCUGAGCCUGAGGAGCAGCCAGCAUCAUAGGUGUCGGAACCAGGUCUACUAGACUGCUUCUCUCCUUCCCUUCAAACUGUGACUUUGUGCGGACUCGGGAGGGUAUUCCGCAGCCCCCCAGGUGCUAUGAGGUGGGGGGCACUGGAUGGAAUUAAACAAACGGAAGUGCGA